ACCCCUGCCCAAGGGGUGGAGAUGCUGGUGUCUGGGUAGUCAUGGAUUUCUGUUGGACAUUUGAAUGUGAUAAACAUCACUGGGGAAAUACUACAUGUGGAAUGUGCACGUUUCCAGGGGCAAGCGUUGUCAGUGAAGAGCUGCACAGCCUCACACCAGCUCCUUGGGUCUCUGAAGAGCAGGGGCCAAUGAGAGCAGGACAGCCAAGAUCUCAAGAGCUGUGGACCUUGACUCCAAGGGAGCUAGAUAACCACUCUGCCCAGGGUUAGGACCAGACAGAAGCAAUCUGGCCCACCAUCCUCCCCCAAGGAUUCCAAGUUCAGCCUGAGGAAACCACAGCCCCCACCCCGCCCCCUCAGAGCCACAGGCAUUGUGGUACCUAAACCCACAGCCCUCGUGUACGCUGGCUGAGACGCUCUGGUGACCAGGUGAAGCACGGCAAAGGACCAGGAAGAGAAAAAGGAUACCCAAGACAGUUUCUCUCACUGGGACAUCGAGGAAACACGACCCUCAACCCAGCCCCUCUAUGCAGGAAGGUACCUCAGGAGGAGGAAGUUCACACCCCGGGGAGACAAGGGGCAGCAGAGCCAGAGGAGGCUCUAGUCACGGGCCGACGGACCUUCAGGGUGUCAGGCAGUGGGAGCCAGCAGUGAAUAAGAAGAGAAGCCCCUGGCCCCGGAAUCCUGUGCUCUAGAUGGACACCAGGAGGGGCCUCCCUGACAUUGAGAGUGACAGGGACCUCCACAUAUGGAUCAUUGAGAACCUGCAGAUGGUGCCGGUCCCCGAGCCGGCUUAUGGGAACUUCUUCGAGAAGCACUGCUAUGUCGUUCUGCACGUCCCCCAGAGCCUGAAGGCCACACCGGGCGUGCCCAAAGACCUGCACUACUGGGUCGGCAAGCUGGCGGCAGCGGGGGCGCAGGGCGCGCCGGGCUCCUUCCUGCAGCACCUGAAGGAGGCGCUGGGCGGCGCCACCGUGCAGCACCGCGAGGUGCAAGGCCACGAGUCCGCCUGUUUUCGAAGCUACUUCCGCUCGGGAAUCAUCUACAGGAAGGGAGGCCUGGCCUCUGCCCUCAAGCAUGUGGAGACCAACGUGUACAACAUCCAGCGACUGCUGCGCAUCCGAGGGGGGAAGCACGUGUCGGCCACCGAGGUGGAGCUCUCCUGGCACAGCUUCAACAACAGUGAUGUCUUCCUGCUGGACCUGGGGAGGAUGAUGAUCCAGUGGAAUGGGCCCAAGGCCAGCGCGGCCAGGAAGGCGCGGGGCCUGUUCCUGACCCACAGCCUCCGGGACAGGGAGCGUGGUGGUCGUGCACAGGUCAGUGUGGUGGAUGAUGAGGCUGAAGCCACUGACCUCAUGGAGAUCAUGGAAGCUGUGCUGGGCCGCAGAGUGGGCAACCUGCACGCCGCCAUGCCCAGCAAGAGGAUGAGUCAGCUGCAGAAGGCCAAUGUCCACCUCUACCAAGUCUGCCAGAAGAGCAAGGAUCUGGUGGUCCAAGAGUUGUCGACCUGCCCAUUGACCCAAGACCUACUUCAGGAGGAGAACUGCUACAUCCUGGAUCAGGGUGGCUUCAAGAUCUACGUGUGGCAGGGACGCCGGGCCAGCCUCCAGGAGAGAGGGGCUGCCUUCAGGAGGGCUCUGAACUUCAUCCAGGCCAAAGGCUACCCGAGCUACACCAGCGUGGAGGUGAUGGACGACGGCGCCGAGUCGGCCGGGUUCAAGCAGCUCUUCCGAUCGUGGUCUGGGCAGCAGCGCGAGAACAAGAACCUUAGUGGGAUGGGUAAACUGCUUCAGGUGAAGCUAGACGUGGGCAAGCUGCACAGCCAGCCUGAGCUAGCCGCCCAGCUCAGGAUGGUGGACGACGCUUCUGGGAGCGUGCAGAUAUGGUGCAUCCAGGAUUCACGCAGGCAGCCUGUGGACCCCAAGCGUCACGGACAGUUGUGCGCUGACAGGUGCUACCUUGUCCUGUACACCUACCGGAGGAUGGGCCUCGUCCAGCAUGUCCUGUACCUGUGGCAGGGCCUCCAGGCCACGGCACAUGAGAUCAGCGCCCUGAGGGGCAACGCCGAGGAGCUGGACCUGUGGUACCGUGGAGCCCUGGUGCAGGAGCACGUGACCAUGGGCAGCGAGCCCCCCCACUUCCUUGCCAUCUUCCAGGGCCAGCUCGUGAUCUUCCAGGGGCAGCCCAGGCACAGCAGGAAGGGGCAGCCGGCACCCGCCGUGAGGCUCUUCCACAUCCACGGCACCGACAGGUACAACACCCGGACCGUGGAGGUGCCAGCCUGCGCCUCAGCCCUCAACUCCAGCGACGUCUUCCUGCUGGUGACAGCCAACCUCUGCUACCUCUGGUUUGGAAAGGGCUGCAGCGGUGACCAGCGUGAGAUGGCGCGGACGGUGGUCACCAUCAUCUCCAGGGAGGAUAUGGAGAUAGUGCUGGAGGGUCAGGAGCCUCCCAACUUCUGGGAGGCUUUGGGGGGCCGGGCGCCCUACCCCAGCAACAAGAGGCCCCCCGAGGAUGUGUGCGACUUUCAGCCACGACUGUUUGAGUGCUCCUGCCAGGCGGGCCCCCUGGUCCUCACAGAAGUAGUGUUCUUCAGCCAAGAGGACCUGGACAAGUAUGACGUCAUGCUGCUGGACGCCUGGCAGGAGAUCUUCCUGUGGUUGGGGGCAGCUGCCAGCGAGUGGAAGCAGGAGGCUGUGGCCUGGGGCCAGGAGUACCUGAAGACCCACCCGGCAGGGAGGAGCCUGGCCACACCCAUUGUGCUGGUCAAGCAGGGCCACGAGCCUCCCACCUUCAUUGGAUGGUUCUGCACCUGGGACCCCUACAAAUGGAGUAACACCCAGUCCUACGAGGAGGUGGUGGAGGGUGACCCGGGAGCAGUUUCUACCAUCUCUGAGAUAACAGCCGAGAUCAUCAACUUCCGGCUGUCCAGAUGGCCAGGCAAUGACAGGGCAGGCCCGUUGGCCCUGCGGGCCCUCAAGAGCUCCGAGGACAGCUCAGAGAGUGAGCUGGAGCUGGGCCCCCGCGCAGGCACCAGCAGCCGGAGCACCGUCAGCAGCGCCAGCAGCAGCAGCUACCAGAGCAGCCCCCAAUCCCUGGGCGGUGGGGGCCUGCCCCGGGAACAGCUGAGGCACCAGGCUGCCGAGGACCUGCCGGAGGGCGUGGACCCGGCCCACAAGGAGGCCUAUCUCUCAGACUCUGAUUUCCAAGAUAUCUUUGGGAAGUCCAAGGAGGAGUUCUACAGCAUGGCCAAGUGGAGGCAGCAGCAGGAGAAGAAGCAGCUCGGCUUCUUCUGAACCCAGGCCCUGCCCUGCCAGUGCCACCCAGAUGGCCCAGGCGUGGGCACCCGCCUGCGGGCACCUCCGUACAAAUACCAGAGCCUGAGGAGGCCCUCCUGGCACUCCCUCCUUGGAGACUCCUGGUCCCUAAAAUAAAAGCCAGUGGCUCUGA